AUGGCUCCAAAACGGCAGCUGAAUAGUUUGCAGGAGCAUGCAGCAAGAAUUAAGCGACAUUUGCAGGAUUUUGCAAGGCAGCUUGGUAUUUCAGAUGCGCUGCGCAACAAGACCCAGGAACUCAUCUCCGUUUUGCAGUCUGAGUUUGAACAGAGCAUGACUGCACGUGGUCGAGCUGCGAAGUUGCCCCCAACUGUUCGUCAACAGCAGCUGAAGGUCGCAAGUCUUCAGUAUAAGAUUCGGCAGCUGAAGGCAGAGCUGAAGACAACGCAGGGUGCGAAGAUACAUGGUAAGGUUCACCAUGCUUGGGUAAUUCGCACAGCAUUCUGCGACCCGACAACCGCCCCGCAAGCAUUGUCUUCUCUUUGCAGAGAUUUCGGCUUGACCGAGACCAAGACCAUCGGCCGAACGUAUAUUGGCCAAGCCCGAGAUGCCAUGGUUGAGAUUGUGAAGACGGGCAAUUGUCAAGAGAUCCGUGUAGCUGCAGAGGCUCUUCCGUGCCAGGGGUGCUCAAGCAUAUCGCAAGCUGUGGUGAUCUCCCACAUACAUGACGAGGCCACGGCGGAGAUGAAGUUGCGGUCAUUGGAUGCCGACAUCACGGGCCGCUUGGUUCGAGGGCGGUAUUCCAAGAUACAAAACAACUGCGUGUACUUGACUUUCCCUUCCGGAGUGCAGCAUGAACUGUAUCACGAAUUACAACCAUUGCAGAAAAAAGAUGCUUUGACCAUUGGUCAAGCCAUAUUGAAUGUGGCCGACAAAGCAUUGAGCUGUUUGACGGCUGCCGAACGAAAACCGUGGACCACACUGCGUGUGCACUACAUCUUGACCGGCGACGGUGUGAACACCAAUAUGGCCUCUGCGAAAAAGGUUUUCACUUAUUUGCGAGAUCAUGCGAGGCGAGAUGGCUGUGAUGUUGAUCUUCGCCUUGUGGUCGUGCGCUGUGCGUCGCAUGUAGCGAAUUUGGUUGUGCAGGUUGCAGUGGUGGGCGAAAUUUUGACACGACCUUUAGAAAAUUCCGAGCUAUGUGGAGCUCUGUCACGUUUCUUCAAAUUUUUGAUGCCUGCGUAUGUCGAGGAAUACAAUGCAUCGUUACAAGCGUUCGUCCUGUCCACCUUGCGCAUCUUGGAAGGCUGCCCUGGAGAUGAGAAUAUUCCGUUUGCGGACCGUCGGGAAAUAUCCCAAGGAGCACUCGUGCAUGCAGGAAGCUUUCAGGUCCCUGGCAACAUGAACUUGCUGCUUUCCAAGCUCGUGCUCUUUUUAGAAGAGCGACCGCAGCCGACCAGGUUCUGGCGUUUUGCCGCAUGUACUCGGGCUUUGUUGAGAAUGUACUUAAUUGGCAUUCCGGCAGAAGUGCUGGAAGUUCGGACGGCAGCACCUUCAACAGAGAAUCGCAUUCGGCUCAGCAGGUUCCUCUCCUACUACAAGGGCUCCAACACGGGCCAGGAGUUGCGGAAAGCUGUUCUAUGCUUGUCCUUGACGGAGUAUGCGCAAAACAUAUCAUCUUCCAAGUCAGUGUCGGAGUCUGAGCCGACUCUCGUUCGCUUGGCCAAGGGCGAGGUUCAGGAGAAGACCAUGCUGCAAUUCGAGCGAAUUUUGUCCGCACUGCACUUCGAUGCUAACCUAGAUGUAGCCGAUGUGGUUUCAGGCCUUCUGGUGACACAGAUACACAUUUUGCACCGCUAUCAAGAUUUCACUGACUACCCCUUCAGGCUGUAUCAGAUUACAGAGCGGUUCAACCCAACAGGCUUUGUAGCAGCCAUUGAGCAAUUCUUGGCUACGGAUGCCAAGCAUCUUGAUGUCGGAUUUUCUUUGCUGCUGCAGCGAGAAGCUUGGUGUCAGGGGCCACGUGGUAGUAGAGAUUUGCCUGCCGCAAUUCGGUUUCUGACGCAGGAAGACACUCAGGAGGAGCUGGUCCGAAUGUUGACGUGCGCUUCUGCUUCAAGCCUCGACGUGGAGAGGGCUCAUGUGCAAGUGAAGCGUGCCGAAAAAAGCAAAGUGGUCAGUGUGGCAGUGGCUUCACGGAACUACAUUUUGUCUCGGUACAGGCUGCGACGAGAAGGGAACACGGUCAAGCAAUCAGAGACACUUCGUCUUGUGAAGCGGUCUUGCAAGAUCUCGGCGAGUGCUUUGGCCAUGCAGAAUGUGCCGCACCUGUUUCCUCGUCAUGAUGGGUUUGGUGCCGCCCGCCAAGAGGGGAACAUCACGGCGUUCAGAGAGUACCUACAAGAGAACCGGUCGCAGCUCGAAGCCCAAGCUUCUUCCAGGAGAGCUGCUGCGCGAGCUGCACUGCAAGCUCUGACGCCAGAUGGAACACUCCCGAUGACGAACAAGCAGUGGUUGAAUUGGCUUGAAGAGAACGAGGCUGUGUGGCGCGAGGCUUUGCGCACAAGCCACACGGCACGGAAAUGUGUCUCGCAUCGGCUGAAGCCGUCUGAUGUUCAUGCUGACAUGAAAGUGGUGGCUCGGCUUUCACCUUGCAAAGAAAAGCCGUCUUCACCCACGUGGGUGAAAAAGCUCCUGCAGGAAAAACAUGGCCACAUGGAGUACGAACUUGCCUUGGAUUCUGUGUUCAGGAACGGUCUCACGCCUGUGGUCGCGGCUGUGCAAGAAUGGGUUGGAGAUGUUGCUGACGAUGCAGACGUACACCGGCUGGAGAUUGGCUAUGGUAUGUUGUUGUCUGCGAAGGCUCUUCGUUUUCGAGUCUUGGGCAUCGACCGCAUCGCCCUGCAGUCACGAAAAAGGCAGUGGAAACAGGACGAGGCGUCAGAUCCGGAAUUCCAGGAUGCGGCCGAUCUACAGGCCGAAGCAGGUCUUGACGAAGGCUCCGACAGCCAGGAGUCUCUGGCGUCUGAUGCUGAAACCGACGCAGUCCUCGAGGCCGAGGAAGCUGCCUGCGUUUUGCCCGAGGAUUGCCCGGCGGGCGAGGCUGAUGGCGGAACCAAUGUUGUUGCAGAGUAUUCGAACGGCUAUUUCUCUUUGGAGGAUUAUGUGAGGCGCAGAAAAGGGGACCAUGUGAAAAUCAGGUUACGGCCGCGAUGGUGCUGCGCCUUGCCGGAAGGUUUAGGUAGGAGCGAGAUGUCUAAAUCCGUUACUGUGCGAGAUUACGAUUGCAACCCGGACAGCCCUCAGAUAACGUAUUUGCUGCUGCGAGCUUGGGCUCUCGGUCGUUCGAAUCGGCCGGCAUGGCUUGCCCACGUUCCGGAAAGACGGCGAUGGUGGGAUGCAGAACUGCUGGAUCUGCAACGUGACAUUUCGCGCCUUGGUGCACCCGCAGGCACCACAGGGUGCGCUCGUGCAGAUGCAUUGAUUCGAUCUUGGGCUCCGCAGGCUUUGCAAAGAGCAGGCUAA